AUCGACGGUGGAGGUAGGCCGGAAGUACUCCAAAACUAAAUUUUCCAGAGACGGAAUUAUUGAAAAUCAAAAUCCAUCCCAUCACUUUCUCUUUGAUAGUUUCAGCUCAAACAGAAUUGGAGGACUAAGUGGGACCAGAAUAAAACUCCACACGACAACAAACAUGACAAAUUUCCUCGAUGAUGUUCGAAAACAACAGCAACUGAAUCAGCCCAUGAAUGGAUAGAAGCACACUUUGGUGUGUGUGGUUCAUCGGUUUCCACGAUUCAUAUACUUCUUUUUUUCUUUAAAAUUUAAAUCUUUUAAACACGGACUUUCAUUUUGGAGCCAUUCCCGUGGUGUCAAAAUUCUAAUUUUCUAAAAACCCACUUAAACCCAAUACCCCAACUUGAUUUAUUCCUUAUUCUGAUAAAAUGGCUUCUAUGUCUAGAUUUGUGCUCAAAGAUUGCAAGUUACAAACUUGUAAAUCUAUUUAUAGACCAAGCUCUGGUUUUCCUUCUCGGCUAACAAUAUCUUCUCUGGACAUAAGAAAUGGGAGUUUUUUAGCUGAUAAAGGAAGAACUUGUGCAAUUCAAAGCAAGCCAACAAGUCCAGUUGUUGCUGUUGAUGCCCCUUUUCGUGUCAUUCAAACUUCCAGCAAAUCCCAAGUUUUGUGCAAGGCGGCUGCAGAUGUGUCUGAAGAUGUUCCCAAUAGCACACCAGCUGGAAUGAGCAUGUAUGAAAAAAUAAUUGAAACUCUUACGACUCUGUUCCCUGUGUGGGUCAUAUUGGGCACCAUCGUUGGCAUCUACAAGCCAGCUGCGGUCACAUGGUUGGAGACAGAUCUCUUCACCCUUGGCCUGGGUUUCCUCAUGCUUUCAAUGGGAUUGACUUUGACUUUUGAAGAUUUUAGACGAUGUUUAAGAAAUCCAUGGACUGUAGGUGUAGGAUUUCUGGCUCAGUACUUAAUCAAGCCCAUGUUAGGCUUCGCUCUUGCAAUGACUCUCAAACUAUCAGCACCUCUUGCAACUGGUCUUAUUUUGGUCUCAUGUUGUCCUGGAGGUCAGGCAUCUAAUGUUGCAACCUAUAUAUCGAAGGGAAAUGUAGCGCUUUCUGUUCUUAUGACAACGUGCUCAACCAUUGGAGCUAUAAUCAUGACGCCGCUCCUCACUAAGCUCCUUGCUGGGCAGCUUGUUCCAGUUGAUGCUGCGGGACUGGCUAUCAGCACUUUUCAGGUUGUUUUAGUGCCAACUAUUAUUGGAGUGCUAUCAAAUGAAUUUUUCCCUAAAUUCACUUCAAAGAUAGUCACAGUCACACCUUUGAUUGGAGUUAUCCUCACAACCUUACUCUGUGCAAGCCCUAUUGGGCAAGUGUCCGAUGUCUUGAAAACCCAAGGAGCACAACUGAUAAUGCCAGUGGCUCUCCUCCAUGGUGCUGCAUUUGCUCUUGGUUAUUGGCUGUCAAAAAUAUCAUUUGGUGAAUCUACCUCUCGUACUAUAUCCAUUGAAUGUGGGAUGCAGAGCUCAGCACUUGGAUUUUUGCUUGCCCAGAAACACUUUACAAACCCCCUUGUGGCUGUGCCUUCAGCUGUUAGUGUUGUCUGCAUGGCACUCGGGGGGAGUGCUCUUGCAGUGUUUUGGAGGAACAGACCAAUUCCUGUCGAUGACAAAGAUGACUUCAAAGAGUAACAGUGGUGGCCUUAGUUUCCUGAGAGAAUUGCUUUUCUAGUCAUUACUAGAAAUUGAUGGGAAUCUUCCAUUUCUAUUUAGCUGUGUUAUCUGCAUCCAUGUUCAGACCAAUUCAAUUUAGGGAGAAGUAAAGGGUUUUUUAUUCGCAUUAGAAUUGAGAGUCUGCUUGUAAAUUGAAUUUCUUAUCUUACAAUAAGAAAUCAUUUGAAGUUUAAAUGGGCGAGUAUCUAUAAAAAGAAUUCUCCGCUUA